AAGGGAUUUUUUUCCUAAAAAAAAAGAGAAAAGGGGGAGAAAAAGAAGAAGAAAAGGGACAAGUUGCGUCGGCCAGGAGCAGCGUUCUGCUCUGGAAAGUGGUGCUGGCAGCUCCACUCCCCCCGUGGACCCCCCUGACAGCCUUUCACUGCUUUUUGGGGGGAAAAAAAAGGCUAAGAGGAGAAACCCCCCUGGCCCUGUGAACGGCAGCCCUGAGCCUCACCGGGAAGGCAAAAAAACCCUCAAAACCUCCUUUUUCUGCUCAAUUUUGCAGCGUUUCUCCUCCAAGAAGCCCAGGACAGGUUGGGGGGGGGAAUCCCACCGAGCACCCCCCAGCACCCCAUGGCUCAGCCCUCCAGCUGAACCAAGCAGACCCCCCUUUGCCAGCCCCCUCCCCCCCAACCCAACCACCCAAAGGACACCCAUUUCGGGGUGCCACUCCCCCCCCUUUGCAUCUCACCAGGGAUAUCCCCCCCCCCCCAAUCCAUCGCCAGGAUGUUCAGCUGGAUGCGGAAAAACGAGAAGAAGAGCCCCGAGGUGGUCCGCACCGUCACCGAGGGGCUGAAGACCCUCUACAAGAAGAAACUUUUACCAGUGGAGGAAUUUUACCGUUUCCACGAUUUCCACUCGCCGGCUUUGGAAGACGCCGAUUUUGAUAAUAAACCGAUGGUGUUGGUGGUGGGGCAAUAUUCCACUGGGAAAACCACUUUUAUCCGUUACCUGUUGGAACAGGAGAUUCCCGGGAGCCGGAUCGGUCCCGAACCCACCACCGAUUCCUUCGUGGCCAUCAUGCAUGGGGAGACGGAGGGGAUCAUGCCAGGCAACGCCCUCAUCGUCGAUCCCAAAAAACCUUUCCGGAAACUUAAUCCUUUUGGGAAUACUUUCCUCAAUCGGUUCAUGUGCGCCCACCUCCCCAACCAGGUGCUGGAGAGCAUCAGCCUGAUCGACACCCCCGGCAUCCUCUCGGGGGCCAAACAGCGCGUCUGCCGGGGUUAUGACUUCCCGGCCGUGCUGCAGUGGUUCGCCGAGCGUGUGGACCUCAUCAUCCUCCUCUUUGACGCCCACAAGCUGGAGAUCUCGGACGAGUUCUCCGAGGCCAUCCGAGCCCUCAAGGGCAACGAGGACAAGAUCCGGGUAGUCCUGAACAAGGCUGACAUGGUGGAGACGCAGCAGCUGAUGCGCGUCUACGGGGCGCUGAUGUGGUCCCUGGGAAAGGUGUUCAACACCCCCGAGGUGCUGCGUGUCUUCAUCGGGUCCUUCUGGUCCGAACCGCUCCUCAUCGCCGACAACCGGCAGCUCUUUGAGUUGGAGGAGCAGGACUUGUUCCAGGACAUCCAGAACCUGCCUCGAAAUGCCGCCCUGAGGAAGCUCAAUGACCUCGUCAAGCGGGCACGGCUCGUUAGGGUCCACGUGCACAUCAUCAGCCGCCUGAAGAAGGAGAUGCCCUCCGUCUUUGGGAAGGACAACAAGAAGAAGCAGCUCAUCGCCAAACUGCCGCUCCUCUUCACCCGUAUCCAGCUGGAGCAUCACAUCCCACCCGGAGACUUCCCCGACUGCGCCCGCAUGCAGGAGCUGCUGCUGGUCCACGACUUUGCCCGGUUCCCAGGGCUGAAGCCGCGGAUGCUGGAGGCACUGGAUGAGCUGCUGACGACCGACAUCGCCGCCCUGAUGCCGUUGCUGCGUCAAGAGGAGCUGGAAGCACCCGAGGGUGCUGGGGUGCAGGGGGGAGCCUUUGACGGUACCCGUCAGGGUCCCUUCAGCGGGACGGAAGAGGAAGAGGAAGAAGGUGAGGAAGAGGAGGAAUGGGUGGUGACGAAGGACAAGGCCAAGUACGACGAGAUCUUCUACGGGUUGGCUCCAAUGGGGGGAAAGCUGAGUGGGCGGCGGGCGCGGGGGUGGAUGGUGAGCAGCAACCUGCCCAGUUCCGUCCUGGGCCGAAUCUGGCAGCUGAGCGAUGUCGACCGCGACGGCAUGUUGGAUGCCGAAGAGUUUGCCUUGGCCGGGCACCUCAUUGGGGUGAAACUAGAGGGGAGGGGGCUGCCAGCUGACCUGCCCCCCCGCUUGGUGCCCCCCUCCAAGCGUCGGCCCAAGGGAUCCGCUGAGUAGCCCACCCCCCCCAAUCCUGCAAAGCCCCCCCCGAGAUCUCUCCCCACGCCCCAAUAAAA